UGUCGUGGUCCUUCAUCCCCUUUUUUCCACACGAUUGAACCUAUCCGCGUCGCCGGUUAGGGAAAAUUCUCAGGCGCAAUGGGUCAGAAGAAAUCCACCAAGAAGUUCGAGAAGAAACACCUGAAGGACGUUCUCGAACGCCGCAAUGCCUUUGCCAAGGUCAAACAGCGCAACCACCUUAAGGACAAGCGUAAGGCCGAAAAUGCCAAAAGCCGUGCGGGACGUGAGGGAGAUGCAGAGGAGAACUCUGAGCAGGCCGAAAAGCAGAAUGCCUUUGCCGAAAUGAACGUCGACGAUUUCUUUGCGGGCGGGUUCGAUAUCGCCGAUUCGGCCGCGGACUUGAGCAAGAAGGCUCGGAAGAAGGAUGUCACACCCAAGAUUGGCAAGCGCAAGCGCUCCGAGGAACAGAAGGACGACGACGAGGCUUCUGCCGCCUCCAGCGCUGAGGAGGACGGUGCUAGCGAUGACGACGAUGCCAGCGACGCCGAUGCGUUCGAAGCACACAAGGACCAGCUUGAGGCGCUGAAGGAGAAGGAUCCCGAAUUUUACAAGUAUCUUAAGGAGAACGACUCCGAGCUGCUCGAUUUCGGUGACCACGGUGACCUCGCAGAAGUAGACGAGCUGAGCGAGGGAGAGGAGCAGGAGGAGGGACCGGCGAAGAAGAAGAAAAAGAAGGCCGCCAAGGAGGAAGAGGAGGAGACGACGGCAGACAACCUCACCAUUGCUAUGGUGAAGAAAUGGCAAAAGUUGAUGGAAGAGCAGCACUCGAUCCGCGCGAUGCGCCAGACCGUCCUUGCUUUCCGCGCCGCCGCCCACAUCAACGACGCGGACGACGAGCAGAAGUACUCGAUCUCAGACCCCGAUGUGUACCACCAGGUCCUUGUUACAGCCCUCGGAUACGUCCCUCGCGUUCUUAACCACCAUCUCCCCGUCAAGGAGUCCGCUUCCGGCAAGGUCAAGGUGUCGCUGGAUUCGAAGAAGUUCAAGACCCUCACACCACUCAUCAAGUCCCACACAUCGUCGGUCCACGAGCUGCUCACCAACCUGUCCGACGAGCAGACCCUGAAGCUUACCCUCUCCUCCAUCGAGCCCAUGCUUCCCUACCUCCUCCAGUUCAGAAAGCUGCUCAAGGUCCUUAUCAAGACCGUCGUCGGUAUCUGGGCCGAUGUCGCUACCACCGAAGUCACCCGUAUCACCGCCUUCCUUCUCCUCCGACGCCUGAUGGUCAUCGGCGACGCCGGCCUGAAAGAGACCGUUCUCAAAGCCUCCUACGAGGGUGUCGUCAAGGGUAGCCGGAACACCACCGUCCACACCCUUCCCGGCGUGAACCUGAUGAAGAACUCCGCCGCCGAACUCUGGGGCGUCGACCAGAACGUCUCCUACACGACCGGAUUCAACUUCAUCCGCCAGCUUGCCAUGCACCUUCGGAGCAGCAUCACCAACACUUCCAAGGAAUCCUACAAGACCGUCUACAACUGGCAAUACGUGCACUCUCUGGACUUCUGGUCCCGCGUCCUCUCCCAACACUGCGACGGCCUCGUCGAAGCCAAGGCAGGCAAACAAUCCGCCAUGCGCCCCCUCAUCUACCCCGUCGUGCAAAUCACCAUCGGCGCAAUGCGCCUCAUCCCCACCGCCCAGUACUUCCCCCUGCGCUUCCAGCUCACCCGCUCCCUCCUCCGCCUCUCCCGCGCCACAGGCACCUACAUCCCCUUGGCAUCCAUCCUGGUCGAAGUCCUCAACCUGGCCGAGAUGCGCAAGCCCCCUAAAUCCAGCACAUUGAAGCAACUCGACUUCAACACGACGAUCCGCGCCCCUAAAUCCUACCUCCGCUCCCGGGUCUACCAAGACGGUGUCGGCGAACAAGUCGCCGAGCUCCUCUCCGAGUUCUUCGUCCUGUGGACCAAACACAUCGCCUUCCCCGAACUCUCCGUCCCCAUCGUCGUCUCCCUGAAGCGCUGGCUCAAGCAAGUCAGCGCCCGCUCCGGCGGCAACAAGAACAUCAAGAUUAACCAGAUGAUUCUCCUCCUGGUGCAGAAGGUCGAGGCCAACGCCCGCUGGAUCGAAGAACGCCGCUUAAGCGUUUCUUAUACGCCGCGUAAUCGCGCCGAGGUCGACACCUUCCUUAAGGACAUCGACUGGGAGUCAACUCCAUUGGGCGCCUUCGUCAAGUCCCAGCGGAAGUUGCGCGAGGAGAAGGCCGCUCUUCUGGAGCAGAGCAGACGCGAGGACGAGAAGCGCAGAGCAGAGGAGAAGGAGGACACCGUUAUGGAUGAUGUGAUUAGUGAGAACGAUGACAGUGAUGAGGAUGACGAGGAAGAGGAAGUCGAGGGUUCCGAAGAUGACAGCGAAGGUGGUGAGGACGAAGAAGAGGAAGAGGAAGAGGAAGAGGAAGACGAGGACGAGCUUGAGUUCGAAGAAGAGGAGGAUUAAGCUGUCCUAUGUAAUACUUCUUUCUUUUUUCUCGUGUUAUUACGUUACGUUACUUGAUAUCAGUUGUAGCUUAUCUGGGAUACGCCUUAUCUUGUUUUGUUGGUGUCAAUAAAAAAGUUAAAAUUGGUAUGAUGUCUUGUAUAAAACUGUAUGUAGUCUCUAACAGAACC